UCUUGACAAGAUAAGAGUUUUUCACCGCGUGCUUCUUCAAAGCUUUCUGGGAGAAAAAAGGUAUUUUACGGCUGGCUUUUAGAAGGAAAAACCUUAACUACACCGCACGAAAACAACCCCUGUGAAAAUCUAUCGUCGUACCCGUCGAUGUAUGCUAACAUUUAGUCAUAUCUGGAGAGCAAAUUUUGCCACUUUUGUCCACUUCUGCUACUACGAAAAAUGGCAUCGAAUAACAUAGCUAACAGUCGAAAAGUGCUAAUAUCGAAUCUACCUCAAAACACUACUUCUAAUGAAAUUAUUCAAGAGCUUUUCAAAUCCCAGAAUUUUAAGUACAAUGAUAUAGAUUUUCAUGGAUCAUCAGCCAUUGUAACAUUGGCAAAUGCAAACGAGGCAAAGAGGGCUGCUAAACUCAUCAAUGGACAAUUAUUUCGAGGCAUAAGAAUCUCAGUUAUUGAAGCUCCGCCUUCUCAAAAACCAGCCCCAUCAUCAGGUUCCCUUACUCCUUUUCUCUUGGUUGGAAAUCUUUCAUUUGACUUCACUGAAAAGCAGUUUAAAGACUUAAUGAAACCACAUGGUGAAAUUAAGAAUGCAUUCCUUGUUCGGGGUAAAAUAUCAAAGAAAAGUAAAGGAUAUGGAUUUGUUGAAUUUACUCAGAUGGCAAGCGCUACUCGUGCAAGAGAACAUUUUAAGAAAACGGAUGCAAAAUAUAUUGAUGGAAGGGCGAUACGUAUUGAAUCAGUAUCAGCAAAUGUAACUACUGGUGAGGCUAAACAUUCGCGCUCUCUCUUUGUUGAUAAACUACCAAAGUCAUUUGGCGAUGAUGAAGAAAUUAUGAAUCUAUUCAGUACAGCAGGCAAUGUCACUUAUUGUAAGAUUGCAAGGUCCAAGGAAGGACAGCCUCGUGGAUAUGCUUUGGUAGAUUACAAGACUGUUGUGGAUGCGGAAAAAGGUCAAGAGCAACUUGAUGGAGCUAAAGUUGGUGAUUCAAAUAUACGUGUCUCUUUUUGUCCUCCUGGAAAAACUGCUGAAGAAAAAUUUUCUAAAUUUGAUACUCCGAACAAUCGUCAUUCUGGCGGUGGCCGUGGUCAGUUACACCCAGUUCGACCAGGAAUGGGUGGUCCUCGUGGUCCUAGAUUGCCAAGUUUAAUUCCUAGAAACCCAGCACCUUUCCUAAACAUGGGAGGUGUCGGCGGAAGACCCGGAUUUCCACCACCGGGACCUUUACGUACACCUUUUGGUAUUGGCGGUCUACCUGGCAUGCCAAGAAUGCAACUAAUGCGACCAAGACCUCUGUUGUUGGGUCCAGGCCCACAACUCAGAGUUCCUCUUGGUCAGUCACUCCUGCGUGGCCCGGGUAUUCGUAACGGGCAUCCAGGUGUAAAGCCUGGACAAGGAGUGAGAAAGAACCGGCCUAACACUAGACCUGGUUUGGCCACACCUCGGCCUGGUAAAAAGCCUGGUAGUAAAACAGGCCAGUCAGCCACAAAAGAAAAAGAAGUCACAAACGAUAAAAAGAAAGAUCCUGCUGUAGAGAAGAAUGUUACCAAAGAGACGUCGAAAGUUUCUGAGAAAGUUUCUGGGAAUCAACAACCAGAAGCAAAGAAAGCUGAAGAUGGACAAACAAAACAAGAGGAAAAGCCCAAAAUCUCCAUUCCUGAUUCAGAAAGUGCGGAACAGAAACGUAGUGAAAGCGCCGUCACAGCAACGACGACUCAGCCUUCGGAAGAUGCUGAGAAAGAUCUUCAACCUGUGGUGUUUAUGGAUACAGAACAGUUAAAACAAUUCAGACAAUUUCAAGAGCUUAUGAAAAAACAAAAAGAGGCCGAGAAAUCAGGAGAUUCAAAGCCAGUUUCUGUGGAAAACCUUGUAAAGGUAGCAAAUGAAGAAAACCAGAAGACAGCAUCACAGUCAAGUGAGUCUUCCAAGUCUUCAGUGGAGUCAAAGCAGUCACAUGAUCCCUCAAAACCACAGAAACAAGGAGUGGUGUCUAAACAAUUAUCCGGACAAUCAGAACCAGAAACAAAACUGUCUUCAGCAGCUAGCAAGUUUCUUUCCCCCUCCUCCAAAGCUUCACCCUUGUCAACAGCGGCAGUAAAGCCGUCGCCCAUUCAGCCGGCACUCAAUAAACCGCUAUCCGUGAAGCCGUCGCCCGCCCCCAUUAAGCUGUCUUCCUCGUUCGGCAUGUCGUCGUCUGUAUCGGACAAACAUUCUUCACCGACAUUCAAACCUUUCUCGGGAGCAUCAAAAUCUACUUCGGUUGUAUCCAAAUCAUCACCAGUGACAACCAAAACGUCAGCAAGACCAACACAAUCAACCCAGCAACCAGCCCAGCGUCAAGAAAGACCAACAAAACCACCCCACAAUUCCUAUCAACGGCCUUCUCAGCCUCAACAAAGAUUCCAAGCGGAGAACCAAAAGUCCAUAAAAUCUGCCGGGUCUUAUGAACGGGAGGAGAAGAACCAUAAUGACCGGAACUCUUACCAGGAUUCAAAGACCGCUUCCUCUGUGUCACGAAAUGAUAGCCCGUCGUCAUCACCGGUUCAUCUUCCACUGCCACCAAAACCUUCAAUUGCUGCAAACCUUUUACAAAAACUAUUUGGUGGAAAAUUCCCCAGCGCACAAGACAACCAUGGAGGUGGACAACAAACUAACACAAGCAAGGCCGACUCUCGCAGUCCUCAUGAAAGUUCUUAUCAAAUUGGUGGAAAAUCGAAUUCAUCUUCCAGUGAAAUGUCCCGUGAUGCACAAUCGCCACGUCAGCAUUCCAAGUAUGGUUACGAUAAGAAUCUUGAAAAUUCUGUCAUAUGUUGUCAUGGCUAAUUUUCUGAGGAUAAAACGAAGAGCUAUAGCUAGGUGCGUUUGAAAAUGGGAAGGUAAUGUAUAAGCAGGUAAUAUAAGGUAAUUCAUUUUCAAAAGUUAAAAUUGUAGAAUAAACUUCUCCCGUUGGGUAGUUCCAUUAGAUUCAACCCUUAUGCAAGUAUUAUCCUGCAAUUAGCCAUGAUUCUGGUAAAGCGUCAUGGUCCUAGUAGAAGUAUUAAAUAUGCUAUUAAAUGUCAUAAUGAUAAUAAGCUCUUUAAUAAUCCACCUUAAGGUAAAUAAGUAAGGUGAUAUGCAUGGUCUGGUGAAACUUCACAAUCUUUGGUCACCAACCCCAGGUAUAAAUGGAUGGCAUGCCGGAGGAAAUACCGUUUUGAAAAAUCAACAGUUUUGAAAAAUGGUCUUUAAAACUUGUUAGAAACGGCUUUUGUGUUUUUUUGGGUGGAUUUCCAUCGCCGCGGACUAAAUUCAGACCUUAAGGUAAACAUAUUGUCCAGUAUAAUUACACCCAUGACAUUUUUAACACACAUGUCC